UACCAACGCCCGCCCGCACGCCCGCCUGCUUCAUACCCGCCCUUACGAGGGAGAGCUCACACUCCUCACUUCACACCAUCAUCAUCAUCACCACCACCACCACCACCGCUAGGAUGUCGUCCGCUGCUGCUUUGCUCCGCCUUGGGCGAGCCUCGACGAUGGCUCGCUUCCCGUCGUCGGCUUCUACCGUCCUUCGCAGGAACUUCCACCCUUCGGUCUCGGCUCUCGACCUGACCAAGUUCGCCAUGCCGGCCAUGUCGCCCACAAUGACUGAGGGAGGCAUCGCCCAGUGGAAGAAGAAGGAGGGCGAGGCCUUCUCAGCUGGCGACGUCCUCCUCGAGAUUGAGACGGACAAGGCCACCAUGGAUGUCGAGGCUCAGGAUGACGGUGUUCUCGCCAAGAUCGUCGUCGGCGAUGGCUCCAAGAACGUUCCUGUCAACUCGAUCAUCGCUAUCACUGCUGAGGAAGGUGACGAUCUGAGUGGGGCAGACAAGAUGGCUGAGGAGGCAUCAAAGGAGGCGCCGGCAUCGAGUGGGGGUGAAGAGGGCGCAAAGGAGGAGCCCAAGAAGGACGAGCCCAAGAAGGACGAGGCACCAAAGAAGGAGGAGCCUAAGCAGGAGCAGUCUCAGCCUUCUUCAUCGUCGUCGUCGUCAGCCCCGGCAUCAGGUGACCGCAUCUUCGUCUCUCCCCUUGCCAAGAAGAUGGCUCUCGAGCGCGGCAUCCCCCUCGCCCAGGUCAAGGGUACUGGCCCCAAUGGCCGCAUCAUCAAGGCUGAUAUCGAAGGCUACAAGGGCUCUGCUCCUCAGCAACAGCAGGCCUCCGCCCCGGCCUCUGCCUCGAAGCAGGCAUCCUCCUCUGCCCCCGCCCCCUCGAGCGCCCCUGCUCCGGCCGGCGCCCGCUAUGAGGACAUCCCCGUCUCCAACAUGCGCAAGGUCAUCGCUCAGCGCCUCACCGAGUCCAAGUCGACCGUCCCGCACUACUACGUCGCCAUCGACAUCGAGAUGGACAAGGUCCUCCGCCUCCGCCAAGUCUUCAACGACGCCUCGGCCAAGCGCUUCGCCUCUGACCCGGCACGCUCCAAGGAAGCAAAGCUGUCCGUGGGCGACUUUAUCACCAAGGCCGUCGCUGUAGCCCUCGACGAGGUGCCGGAGGUGCGUGCAGCCUGGAUGGGAGACAAGAUUCGUCAGUACAGCGACAGCGACAUCUCGAUUGCCGUCUCUACCCCUACGGGACUGAUCACGCCCAUCGUCAAGGACGUCGGGCACCGCGGUCUGUCAGAGAUCUCGAGCGAGACAAAGAAGCUCGCUAAGCUGGCGCGCGACAACAAGCUCAAGACGGACCAGUACCAGGGUGGCUCCUUCACCAUUAGCAACAUGGGCAUGUUCGGACCGACGUGGUUCUCCGCCAUCAUCAACCCGCCCCAGGCCGCCAUCCUCGCCAUUGGAACCACGAGGUCGGUGCUGGUGCCCGACGCUAGCGAAGAGCGUGGAUUCAGGACGGCGCAGGUUAUGAGCGCAACUGCCAGCUUCGACCACCGCGUCGUUGAUGGAGCGAUGGGCGCCAAGUGGUGUGAUGCGCUCAAGAGGGCAUUGGAGAACCCGUUGAGCUUCAUGCUCUAAGCAGGCUGAGGCUUUGGCAGAGUGUGACUGGGAUAUAUAGUGAGCGAGGGAGCAGGUGGUAUGGAGAUCCGGGCUUGCAACGAGAAGGAAGGGAGGAGUCGCGGAGAGAGGACCAGCAGCAGCAGUGCUGCCAAUCAGCUCGAAGAUGUACGAUGAGCUAUGUCUGCGGACACAAAAAUCAUCACCAAGCAACACACAGACAAGUCACCCUUCAACGCACGCGAGCAAUAAGGGUUGCUAUGUCUCGAUCGUGUCCCUAAGUUCCCUUGUGGCCCUCGUCGGCAAUCAUCAAACUAUAGAAUCCUUACAUCGCGCGUGCCCACGACCGGCCUGGAAGAGCAUCAGAUGAGGGGCUGCGCCCUGUGUGAUGGAAUGAAAGGCGCGUCUGAGGAUAUUGAUACAGAAAUGAAGAAAG